AUGUGUGCUGGCUUGAUCGAACGGAGGGAACCUGAGGAAGGCAGCGACGGGAGUGAGGGCUGCUGCAGCUGGGCGGAGGCGGCCUGCUCAAGCGAGUGUGCCUGGUCGGAGCUUGGGCUCGGGGCCGACGGCAAGGCGCAGCUGUGGGGGUGUAACGACUCACGAUUCAGGCAGCAGAGGAGCGGCGGAUCUAGGAGGCGCGAGGAGGCCAAGGCGGUGGGGUUGGGUGGCGACGCAGCCACAGACGAAGGCGGACAGGCCGACGCUGCUGCGGCCUGGCGGAGUUCAGAGGGAGGCAGUUGCCCCGCCGAAUCAACUCUCCCGCCAUCGCAGACCGCCGCAUCUCAGGCUCAAGAUAAGGAAAGGGCAAAAUGGUCGAGAUCUCUCCUAUUUGUACCUGGCGCUAUCACCUUUGGGCUAGGAACCUGGCAGAUUCUCCGAAGGCAGGAGAAGGUGGAGAUGUUGGAAUAUAGGAGGAAGAGAUUAGAGAUGGAACCCAUAGUGUGGAACAAAGAGUAUACAUCUUCAAAAUACAAUUCGGAUUCUUUGGAAUUCAGAAGGGUCUUUUGCGAGGGGUAUUUUGAUGAGGGAAAGUCCAUUUAUGUUGGUCCUCGAUCUAGAAGCAUCUCUGGAGUGACGGAGAAUGGAUAUUACAUUAUUACUCCUUUAAUUCCAAAGACAUAUGAUGACAAUAACAGUGUGCAGCUACCUAUCCUUGUUAACAGAGGAUGGGUUCCUCGUGGUUGGCGCGACAAGCCUAUAAAUGAUUCAGAUGGCCAUUCUUCAGCAUCAAGAGCAGCAGAGGUUCAGCCAAACAAGGAAACGCUUUGGUGGAAGUUUUGGGCUAAGCUAUCUAAAGUUGAUAAGGAGAAUGAGCCUAAUAUUCCUCCUGUUAGAGUUAUUGGAGUAGCUCGUGAAAGUGAGAAACCAAGCAUUUUCGUUCCUGAAAAUGAUCCUAAAACUGGUCAGUGGUUUUAUGUUGAUGUUCCGAUGAUUGCUCGUGCUUGCGGUCUUCCAGAGGAUACUUUAUAUAUUGAAGACAUAAAUGAAAAUGCUAGUGCAACUAAUCCCUAUCCUGUUCCUAAAGAUGUUAACACCUUAAUCCAGUUUUCAGUAAUGCCACAAGAUCAUCGAAAUUAUACCAUAACUUGGUAUUCUCUAUCUGCUGCUGUCACUUACAUGGCUGUCAAGAGAAUUAAGCCAAAGAAGGUUAAGAGAUAGCAUGGUCUCUGUCUGGAUACCUUCUGUGAGGCAAGUGUAACAGAAUUUGACGUUGCUAUUCAUUCAAGAGAUGGCACAAGAAUUAUAGUUUGCAGCUGGUAAGAAUGAAAAUGGAUGAUUAAUUUGUGUUGCUGCUGAUAGUUCAUUGUCCAUGCAUGAUGAAGAGCUCUUUCUGCUCAUUUAAGCUAAUCUUCCAGUGUUACCAUUGUAUCCAGCUUGCCGCGAUAUGUUGCAUGUAAUAUUUGAAAAUUACAUGUAAAUUUUUUGUCAAGAUCAAGUUCUUUUGAAGAUACAUCUUGUUUGUGGAGGACCAGCAAAUCAAUAUUAGCUCUGAUUGAUAAUUUUGUUUUCUUCCCUCUA